CAAUUAUCGAUAGUACUAUCGAUGAGCCUGCCAAAGCGCAGCCACCUUCACGUCGCGCUGUCACUUCUUUCUCUUUUUCUCCUCCAUCGACGGAUUGCGGUCGCUUGAUUUGUAAAUUUUUACAAAAAUCACAACAAAAUGGAAAACGACGCCGGUGAGAAUGUUGAUUUGUACGUGCCCCGCAAAUGCUCGGCAUCGAACAGGAUCAUCCACGCCAAGGACCACGCCUCCGUGCAGCUGAGCAUUGUGGAUGUGGACCCCGAGACGGGCCGUCAGACCGAUGGCUCCAAGACCUACGCCAUUUGCGGCGAGAUCCGUCGCAUGGGCGAGUCGGACGACUGCAUUGUCCGUCUGGCCAAGAAGGAUGGCCUUAUUACCAAGAACUUCUAAAUAUGUCGAAACCAUAAAUCAGAAACAUUAAUUGGUAAUAAAGUGAAUUCCUUUUUGUAAUUUAACGUCAAACAAGCUAAA